CCCCAGAUCAUGUUAUUGUUCCAAUGAAGUGAAGUUGAGUCGUCAAGCUGCAGACUGAGAGACCCAAGAGGCACGAAGGAAGAAUAAGAUGGCAGAACUCAACGGUGUUCUGGUCCGAACAGCCGUGUUCCUCAUGGUGGAGGUCCUCGUUCAGGGAGACACCAAGGUGGGCUGUGUGUUUGGGGGGAGCUGUGUGCUGCCUUGCCGCUUCCAGCCAAACGGUGAUACCAUCCUCCACUGGGUCAAGAUGAAUGGGAAGGAGGUUAAGGUCCACCGCUACUCCCGGGACCAGGACAAGGACCAGGACCCUCUCUACGAGGAAAGGACCUCCCUGUUCCAUGACCAGAUCUCAGGGGGCAACGCAUCCCUGAGUCUGGCCAGGGUGAACCUCCAGGACCAGGGCAGGUACCUGUGUUACACCAGCACUUCACAGAACGACUGGAUGACCAGCGUCACCCUGACAGUGAGAGCUCCUGUUGCUAGAGUGGACAUUAUGCUAGUGAACAACAAUGUCACCUGUCAGUCUGGAGGAAUCUACCCAAGACCACAUCUCACCUGGUCCGUCAGUCCUCGCCCGUCUACUGUCCUCCAGAACACAACCGAGGUCCAUGAAGAUGACCGGGGACUCUAUGACAUCAGCGGCUCCUUAAGGACUGUUUACAAUGACACAGAAUCGACCUACAGCUGCUCAGUCCAAAAUGAACACAGUGCAAAGAAAGCCAUGAUGAGGCCACUCCCUCCAAUGCAAAGUGCUCCCAAGAGUGAGGUGUUACUCCCUUGUGACGCCUCUGGGCUCGAUGACAUCACCUGGACCUUCAACCACAACCAGACCAUCCUCAGAAGACAAGCAGGACAAGAGAAGGUGGUGGAAACAGAGUGGCAGCAGCAUGUAAGAGACCUGUCUGAAUCAGGCAGCCUCCUGCUGUAUGUGACCUCAUCAGCCCAGAGUGAAGGGGCGUACAGGUGUACUCUCAGGUAUGCAGACGAAGAAGACGUAACCCACAUUGAACUGAAGAUACUGGAGGACCCUGUUGCAGAGGGUUCUCAUCUCACACUUCCGAUGUUACAAAUACUUAUUGUUUUCCUUACAAUCUCCCCUCUCAUCCUCUGGUUAUGUAUUCAUAGAAUCGAGCAACCAUCUCCUGUUACUAGAGUGGACAUUGGGCUAGUGAACAACACCGUCACCUGUAAGUCUGGAGGAAUCUACCCAAGAACAAAGCUCACCUGGUCCGUCAGUCCUCGCCCAGCUACUGUCCUCCAGAACACAACCGAGGUCCAUGAAGAUGACCAGGGACUCUAUGACAUCAGUGGCUCCUUAAGGACUGUUAACAAUGACACAGAAUCGACCUACAGCUGCUUAGUCCAAAAUGAACACAGUGCAAGGAAAGCCACGAUGAGGUUGCACCCUCCAAUGGAAAAUCUUUCCAAGAGUGAGGUGUUACUUCCUUGUAAUGCCUCGGGGUUCGAUUACAUCACCUGGACCUUCAACCACAACCAGACCAUCCUCAGAAGACAAGCAGGACAAGAGAAGGUGUUGGAAACAGAGUGGCAGCAGCAUGUAAGAGACCUGUCUGAAUCAGGCAGCCUCCUACUGUAUGUGACCUCAUCAGCCCAGAGUGAAGGGGCGUACAGGUGUACUCUCAGGUACGCAGACGAAGAAGACAUAACCCACAUUGAACUGAAGAUACUGGAGGACCCUAUUGAAGGCCAAAGAAGGACGAGGAAGGAGCUCAAACAACCAAAGUACUGA